CCGUCCUGGAGAGUUCUGCGCCCAUUGGCCAGCUUAUCCGCCCGCCCCCUUACGUUUUCAUAGUGGGAGGUUUCUCGUGGUGAGCGUGUCUACUGUAGGGCUACAGUUGGUGAUUGUCGCUGCCGGUGUCCACGGAAACGGGAGUAGUGCGAUGGAAACGAAGCGUCUCACAUCGCCGAUCCUGAGUUCCGGUUGAAGGAUGAGGUUCUCGGUGUUCUACGGGGCGGCUCUCGUGCUGCUGGUCGCGGGGCUUCGCGAGCUGCUGACGGGGUCCGAGGAGAACCGGUGCAGCAUGACCUACAUGUACGAGUAUCCAGAAUACAGGCGGGUCACCUUGCCGCGGCGUGUCUCCAGGCUGUACCCGGCCUACAGCCUCUACCUGUACGGCGAGGGCCUCUACGCCCAGGAGACACGGGCCCUCAAGCUGUCCGGGGCCCCUGUGCUCUUCCUGCCCGGGCACGCAGGAAGCUACAAGCAAGCUCGCUCCCUGGGCUCGGUGGCGCUGAGGAAGGCGGAGAGCCUGGAUGGGGGGGUUCACCUCAACGUGUUCACCGUGGACUUCAACGAGGAGCUGGUGGCGCUGUACGGGGGCAGCCUGCGCAAGCAGACCCUCUUCCUGCAUGAGUGCAUCAAGGCCGUGCUGCGCCUCUACAAGGGCCAGGAGCGGCCGCCGCGCUCGGUGGUCCUGGUGGGCCACUCCAUGGGCGGAGUGGUGGCCCGCGCGCUCUUCACCCUGCCCCGCUUCAGCCCCCCGCUGGUCAGCCUCAUCCUCACCCAGGCCUCCCCCCACCUGGCCCCAGUGCUGGCCCUGGACACACACCUGCUGGACUUCUACUCUGCGGUGCGGGAGAGGUGGGUGAGGCACGCGGACAGCCUGGCCAACGUCACCGUGCUGUCGGUGGGGGGGGGUUACCGUGACUACCAGGUGCGCUCCGGCCUGACGACCCUGCCCUGCUCCCCGGGAGACCCCAACAAGCUGUCUCUGGUGGCGACUGCGGUUCCCAGGACCUGGGUGUCCACCGACCACCUGUCCAUCGUCUGGUGCAAAGAGCUGGUCCUGGCCACAGUGCGAGCGUUCUUUGACCUCAUCGACCCCGAGACCAACCAGUUCACAGACAGUGUGGUGAGGAGGAUGGAGGUGCUGCACCACCACUUCAUCAGACACCCCGUCAGGAUGCUGGAUGAGACCCCGGAGGCCCCCCUCCCCCUGCCAGAUUCUCCUGAGGCGUGGAAUGAAGUGAAUGCACUGCGUCUGGCGUACAGCGCCCCCAAGGAAGGUCAGGCAAAGUACUUCCUGUUUGCCCUGUCCAGUCGCAGGAAGGCUUACAGCCACUUCUACUGUCGCAGCAACAACAUGGAGAUGUCCAGCUGGGUGUAUGGAUGUGUCCAGAAGACUGGCUCCAUGUGUGUUCGUGCGGUGGACCUGUCCCGUGGAACAGACCUCCUACCUCCAUAUAAGGUGCUCGUCCUGAGCCUCAGCGACCUGUCUUCUGUCUCUCACCUGGUGGUCGCCGCCUCAAACCUCAACGGCAAGCAGUUCACGGUGGAGUGCGAGUGGCAGAGACAGGAGGCCCAGACCGUGUCCGUCUCCGUGCCACACGUCCUCUCCUUCGGGUUGACCUCCAGUGACGUGACGGUGAACUCCUCGGGACUCCUGCACACCGUGGAGCUGGAGCACUUCCACCAGGUCUACCAGUCUUUCAGAAUUACGGUCACAAGCCACUGCAAAGUACAAAAGGAUAGAAUGGCCAACGUGUACCGGAUGAAGGUGCCAUGGUUCAGAGAGGACUUCUUAACCACUGCCAGUGUUCCUUCUGUGACUGAGAUCUCGGGGAUGCUCCACACCAGUCGCCCGGGCAACACCUCCUCAGCUCUGCUUCAGCUGCACACCGCCCCAAACUGCCAGUACAAGGUGCUGGUGAGGACCUCUUUCCCGAGGGUUAUAGGACAGGUCCUGCGGUUCUGCGGACCCCAGCUGCCCGUGUACAUGGCCGUAACGCUCCUGCUGGCCUGCGGGGGGCAGCUGUGGUCCAUCGCCAGGACCGGGAAGCCUCUGGAGGCCAGCCAUGCCGUGGGCUGGGGCCUGCAGCCUCACAAAGUGGGCCUCCCCGUCUACCUCCUGCAUCUGCUGCUGGGGUGCAGCCAGUUCCAGGAGGCCUGGUCGGUGCUGGGCCUCCCCGCCAUGGACGCCCUGCCCCCCACCACCCCCGACCACUCCACCCUGGAGGGGGGGCCCGUGGACGAGUGGCCCCACCUCCUCGGGCCCCUGCUGUACCUCCUGGGGGCCACGCUGGCAUUCUGGGGCAGCGGCCUGCUGCGUCUCUCCCUGGCCCUCCUCUCCCUGGCCGCGGCUCCUCUGACCAGACCGUCGGUGGCCCCGGACUGUGGGACUCUGGGCCGGCGGAGGCAGGCCCUCCUCUUCCUGGUCCUCAGCAUAGUGGGCAGGACUUCCUGUGGGGCCAUUGCAAUCGUCAGUGCCUUCCUGAUUCACCUCUACAGGGUCGUCCGUCUACAGAUGACUGAUCGCUCUCUGAGUCACAUGCUGAAUCUGGCGCCAGAGAAGAACAACGGGGGGGAGGAGAACGGUGCGGGGACGGGGGCGGCCCCCCCGGGGGUCCACAGAGAGAGGAACGGCGGGGGGGCGCUGCUGUCCGAGGGCCUCCUGCACCAGGUGAGGAGCGACCUCCAGCUCCACCUCUCCCUGUCUGCCCUCUUCACAUUACCCAUCAUGCUCAGCGCGCCCUCGCUGCUCCACUGGGCCCGCAACCUGAGGUACUCUCCCCGGCUGGACCCAGACUCACUCUGGCCGCACACUCUGCCUCUGCUCGCUGCCAUGGUCCUGCUCAUCGACUGCAGCUGUCAUGCACUGAGCCACAGCAAACUCCUCCGCGUGGUUUGCCACCUCCCCCUGCCCCUCUGUGUUGCCAUGGUGACCUUCUCUCCGCUCCAUCUCUACAGAGUGACCUACUUCCUGUCCGCAGCGCUGGUCCCGCUGGCCGUAUCCUGUCUCCUCUGACGGCAGUCAGACGGUAUCGGUCCCUCACUCCAAACACACAGACUCUCUCACUGCCUCAGUGAGGCCACUACCUGUCUCACUGCCUCAGUGAGGCCACUACCUGUCUCACUGCCUCAGUGAGGCCACUACCUGUCUCACUGCCUCAGUGAGGCCACUAACUGUCUCACUGCCUAGUGGGCCUGGUCAGUGAGGCCCCUACCUGUCUCACUGCCUAGUGGGCCUGGUCAGUGAACUCCAUGGAAUACGUUCCCUUGGCGACCUUAUCUCAACCUUGUCAGCUGCAGAACACUAACUGGAUCAUCUCAAUCAUUUCACUUCAACUCAUCCCAACCCGACCGAUGCCUAAAUAAAACCCAUCAUGGAGCAAACAUCCAAUUAGACGCCCCCACAGGAAGGAGGGGUUAUCUGGUUGCCAUGGGAGCAGAGCUAUUGCUCGUACAUGGUUUAGGAAGCUCCCAGUUCAGUACCAGGAGCUGCCAUGGUAACCAAUGAUUACCAACAUGCUGGGAGAACGACCUGGGAGUGAUGGGGACCAGUAUGGAAGCCCUGAUGGAUCUAGACCCUUUGCCUUACUCUGUGUAUGUUUAGGUGGGCUCUAGGUUGACAAAUGGUAUCGGGGCAAUUAACAAGUACAUACGUGUACGUGUGAGAAGUACACUACAGGGUGGCACUGCUAACGUCGCUGGUGUUUUGUGGCUUUUUUUUGUGUUUUUAGUUUAUUGAUUUAGUUUAUAUUGGGGGAUGUUGAGUCUGGUGGUCUACAACAUUAGUGCUGCGUUGGCGUUUCUGUCCGUCCGUUCAAUCUGAACAGACAGCGCAGCUCUUACACUAAGGGUUCUUUUUGAGACCAUACUGUAGUUGUCUGGAGGCCAAGUAUAUUUAUCAAACAUCCCCUGUAUCGUCGUGGAGUUGAAUAAAGCAGAGGGAGCUCUGUUGACUCCACCCUCUCCCUUGGUCUGAUGGUUAGUUACGGGCGGAGCAGCCCUGACACCAAGGCUGCGCCCGGGCAGGUCUCUACAGACCGGCCUGUUGGUGAGUGUUCUCCUCCAUAGUUGGUAGCUGGGGCCUAGACUCUGUUGUACUGGUAGCUAGGGCCUGGACUCUGUUGUACUGGUAGCUAGGGCCUGGACUCUGUUGUACUGGUAGCUAGGGCCUGGACUCUGUUGUACUGGUAGCUGGGGCCUGGACUCUGUUGUACUGGUAGCUAGAGCCUGGACUCUGUUGUACUGGUAGCUAGAGCCUGGACUCGGUUGUACUGGUAGCUAGAGCCUGGACUCUGUUGUACUAGUAGCUAGGGCCUGGACUCUGUUGUACUGGUAGCUAGAGCCUGGACUCUGUUGUACUGGUAGCUAGAGCCUGGACUCUGUUGUACUGGUAGCUAGGGCCUGGACUCUGUUGUACUGGUAGCUAGGGCCUGGAAUCUGUUGUACUGGUAGCUAGGGCCUGGACUCUGUUGUACUGGUAGGAGCCUGGACUCUGUUGUACUGGUAGCUAGGGCCUGGACUCUGUUGUACUGGUAGCUAGAGGCAGGACUCUGUUGUACUGGUAGCUAGAGGCAGGACUCUGUUGUACUGGUAGCUAGGGCCUAAUGGCAUCCCGGCUCUCUCUUCCUUCAGGACUCAAGCUGGUGGCAGAUGAACUUUAUCCGUCCCAUCCACUCCUGGUUAAGACUGUUCCCCCUCACUCUGCCGCGUUGCUCUGUGGAUGUCCCUCAGUGCUGGGAGGGCGCCUGCCACCACGGUUGGCUCUUCCUCUGGAUCCAUCCAUCCUCUUCAGCUGACGUGUAAUUACACAAGCAGGUCUAUGGGGGGUGUGUCUUCAUCGGUACAGGAAGUCGGAUGGCCUAUCGUCCAAAGUCCUGAAGACGCUGAUUGGUUUCCUGCCUGGUGCCGCGUCACGCCGGCACUCCCCGCUGGCGCGUCUGCCCUCGGCACGCUAACCGUCAUAGCAACUACAGUGCCUUCCCGCUUCCCCACUCCUCCAUCCAAGUGCUGCAUUCAGUCCACAGCCUGCCUUCCAUUCCCCAGAGGUCCUUACUGGGAACAUGGGCUCCCAGUAUAGAGACAGCAUGUCAACCAGUGCACUCCAUCUCUUCCUGGUGGAGAUACAGCCCCCCCCUCUCUGAGAGGGGAACUGCUGGAGUACUGAGGCCACGUCCUCGCAGUAAAGGUACAAUACUGCAGAUAAGAUGUCAACGUGGGCUAAUGGUUGAGCGACAGUACCCGCCUUUGUGGCUGUCGGAAGAACGCUGUACCUGAGCGUGAGAGUUGCUGCCUGAAUGUGAAGUUCUGGAAAAAAAAAAAAACUCGGUUCAGAUUACAGUUCUGGAGCAGAACUCUGUUCAGUGGACAGUUCUGGCGAACAAAUCGAGACUCUGGCAUGGAUAAAGUGUGUGUGUGUGCGUGUGCGUGUGCGUGUGCGUGCGUGUGCGCGCGAGUGCUUUGAGAUUCACAAAACCUGCCUCAUUCCAAAUGUGGCUUUUCUACCAGAAUAACUUUGUCGUACUAUUUAGUAGAAGUUGACAUGUGUGGUUUUGUUUCAUAUGUUUUGUUACAUAUAUAGAUGGGAUUUUUUAUAUUGUGUUCACUGUGACCAUGUGAUAGUUACACAAAAAAAGCUUAAGGGACCUUUACUUUGAAAUGAUACUCUGUGGUGCACUGCUGAGUGGUGUUCCAAUGCUGUUGCCCAAUGGUUACUGACAAACCACACGUCAAACCACUUUAUAUUAAACCUUUUUCUGGAACCCUUGAGCUUCAAUCUGUGCCGUUGAUUACUCUUUUUAAGUUUAGAUGAAGUUAAUAAGUUGUAUUAAACAAUAAACAUUUAUAAUCCACUUUUUGAGUAAUUUUAAACCAGCAGGUUUGAAAUUACUCAAAGGUUUAGCAAAAUCCCAAUUAAUCGUAGAAACUGCCAUUUCUAUUCAAUGGCAUAUUUUUGUUUAUGCUUUUUAGAGGCCAAACAGAAUUACCACAGGGCUGGACUACCAUGACCUGAGUAAAAGCCCUAGUAUUAUGUUCCUUUAUCUGAGUGUUAACUAUAAGUAAUACACAUAACAAACAAAGUUCACGAUAACAUGUCCCACCGAUUUGAUUCUUAAACCUGACUCAUGUUUUGUUAUUCUGUAGCAUAUCCUUUUGAUAUGAAAGCAAUUGGUUGCCAAGAUGAAUUUUCUAGUCUAUUAUUUUCUUAUGACCAGAUUAUUGUUAUUGGAUAUAUUUGUAUUGGGUGGUUAUGUUUUUUUAUUUAUUCAGAAAGCUAUAAAGUUCUAACCAUGGCAGAUUCCAUGUCACUCUUUCUCCUUUCAUUAUUAUGAAGUCCUGUCUGAGAAAACUCACCAGCAAAUGCUUAAAGGAAAUGACUUAGCUCACAUUCAGAUAGUGUAGUCCUACAACUCCAUGGCUGUUUUAUCAUAGUACCAUAAAAAGAGACGUCAUAUAAAGUGUUUCUUUUUUUUACACAAAAUAAUUAUUGCUGUAAAUUUCAACUUGCCGAAAAUGCGUUUCUCCAGAAUUCUGGAAAUUGUACGAAAUCCUGGAUAUAGUAUGGGGAAAUAUGUGGUUCACUGAGGAUAACGUUGCAGGAUAAUUAUAUUGUAUUUCUAAUGGACAGUUGAGCGUUAUCAGUUCUGAAUGUCGUUUUAGUAAACAUUUUUAUACAUUGGCCUCUUCUGUGUUAAAAAAACUAAACACAACAGUUUGCUGUCUUCAGCACAUUCAUUUUUAAAGCUGACAUUUCUAAAGAGAAACUAUUUUCAACCUCGGGAGACGGCUGGAGUUAGAGGGUGUUCAUGUUAGUUUAUUUACACACGAUGAAAUUAACAGCCAAAAUAAAGAACACAAAGUGUUGUUGGGUUUUCAAACUCUGAAUGUGAUCAUUUGUUACUACUGGUGUGGUGGAUGGUGACUGGAGUAUCAAUCCAACUGUUGUUGUCCUAACCUGGUCACUAGUAUGCAACCAUCGUUGUGUUGAGCUGGUUAGAGUCGGUGGUCAUCAAGUUAAGUGAUCAACUGUAAGUGCUUUGACAAUAUGUUGGUCAGGUGGCUUGUAAAAGGAUAACACGCACACGCUCACACUCCCCACAAGUCCAAAGUCCCCCAUAUCCACUCUCAUUAUGCUUAUUCGUUCCAGAUGCUGAAGGCCAAAUAAUCAUGUUUUUUAGAGAACACACUAAUUUGGAGCCAGUUGUGCUGAAUGCUGCAUUGUGGUGUAUCUCUUUAAUACGUUAUAAUUGUUUGUUGUGAUCUACCCAGAGUGACUCUAAGAUAUACCAACUCUUGCUGUUGGUUGGUCCUUAUCGUAAGCGUUAGAUUUUUCAAGUUUUCCAUUACUGGUGGUUAUUUGAAACUGAACUAUUGGUAUACUGUAUCUCAAAAGCUGUUUGUGUUCAUGGUGGGGGUUUAGGUGUGAGGUAUGAAGUAUAUAUAUUCCUCAGGUUCUUGACAAAGGGAUUGCUUCUAUGUUUGUAGAUUUUUAAAUGAUGUCACAGAGAAUGGGAAACCGUGCAAUUUUUUAAGCAAAAGUGAUGUAAUUAAUAAAAGUUAAGAUGAUAA